AUGGCUGGCUCCGGCAGCGACUCAUCAUUGGAGCUGGCUCUGCAGCGUAUGACCGAAGCGCUGAAGCUGGCCAAGCGGAGGGAAGAAGAGUUUGCGGCAUCGCGCAGCGCGCGCUCGGCCGCUGAGACGGAUCUUCGGAAGGACUGCGACGACUGCAGGCAGAAGGCUGCAAAGCUGUGGGCGGAGUCGCAGAGUCUCCAGAAGAUGCUCCAGGCAGCAGUGCAGAGCAGCGCAGCGGAGAGUGAUCCCUUCGCUUCAAGAGUUCAAUCUUUCCAGGCUUCGCAGGAAGGCGGCCAGAGAUAUGACGAGCCCGGACCUCCAUGA